GACAGGCGGCCCAUCCUCAUACUUUACAGAUCGGAGGAACAACACAGUGAGGUGACGCGGCAGCAGCUCAGACUUUCAUUAUUACGUAAGCGCUCCAGCGGCUGUGGCUCUCCCCAAUAACAAAUAGUGCUAAAGUUAAUUUGUGCCUUUUCACCGCCAUGGCUCCAACAACCGCUAAAGACACAGAGAAGCACUGCGUCCUGUGCUGCCAAGAAGUCGAGAUCUUCGCCUUGGGAAAAUGCGACCACCCGGUUUGUUACCGCUGCUCCACCAAAAUGAGGGUGCUGUGCGACCAGAAGUACUGCGCCGUCUGCCGGGAGGAGCUCGACAAGGUGGUGUUUGUGAAAAAACUGGAGGCCUUUUCGGCUCUGCCCUAUCAGCAGUUCCCCUGUGAGAAGAAGCAUGAUAUCUAUUUCUCUGACGAGAAGAUCUACGCCCAGUACAGGCAUCUGCUGUUGCCAGAGUGCCUCCGCUGCUCUGAGCCGAAAGUCUUCUCAAGGUUUGAGGAGCUGGAGCAGCACAUGAGGAAGCAGCACGAGCUCUUCUGCUGCAAACUCUGCACAAAGCAUCUCAAGAUCUUUUCCCAUGAGCGUAAAUGGUACAAUCGUAAGGAGCUGGCACGCCACAGAGCACAUGGAGACCCAGACGACACCAGUCACAGAGGACACCCGCUCUGCAAGUUCUGUGAUGACCGUUACCUUGAUAAUGACGAGCUGCUUAAACACUUGCGCAGGGACCACUACUUCUGCCAUUUCUGUGAUGCAGACGGUUCCCAGGAAUACUACAGCGAUUAUCAGUACCUGAGCGAGCACUUCAGAGAGAGCCACUACCUGUGUGAAGAGGGCCGCUGUGCCACAGAACAGUUCACCCAUGCAUUCCGCUCGGAGAUCGACUACAAGGCCCACAAGGCUGCAGAACACAGCAAGAACAGAGCAGAGGCUCGACAGAACCGCCACAUCGACCUGCAGUUUAACUACGCCCCGAGACAACAGAGGAGAAAUGAAGGCCUGGUGACAGGUGACGACUAUGAGGAGAUGCGUCAGGGUCGUGGAGGAAGAGGACGGUCUCAUGGGGGACAGAAGAGCUGGAGGUACUCCCGAGAGGAGGAGGACAGGGAGAUGGCGGCUGCUAUGAGGGCAUCCAUGGCGAAGCGUAGACAGGAGGAGAGAGGAGCGAUGCAGGAGAGGAGCGCUCCCAAACACUGCAGAGAGGAGAGGCCCGAGAGAACACAACCAGAAGAGCCCAGACACAGGACCGGACACAUCAAACCAAUAAGCAAACCUCCAGUAAGAACAAUGAAGAGCGCUGAUCCAGGGGAUAGAGAAGACGACUUUCCAGCUUUAGGAGCCACAGCUGCCCCACCCAUUGUAAAGUCAGCUCCUGCAGCAGUAACAACAACCCAUGCAGCUUUGAAGGAAGACGACUUCCCCAGCCUCUCAGCUGUUGCCGUUCCAUCCCCCAUGACCCCGGCAUACUCGGCCCAACCUAGGAAGACUUCCUCUUUCCAAGAGGAGGAUUUCCCCGCGCUCGUGUCCAAAAUCCGACCCCUCAAACACACAACUGGUGCCAACUCUGCUUGGUCCAACCACACCACUGCAGCUAAACCCAACUCCCACCCUCCUCCAUCCUCCAGACCUUCCCCUCCUCUCUCGUCUGCGUCUUCUGGCCCUCAGCUCCUCUCCUCCUCCAACUCUUCAUCUUCACGGAAGAAAAAGAAGGUAGGGGAGAAUGGGAAAGCAGCAUCCGCCCGCUCUCCUCCUUCUUCUGAUGAAGACAACAACGGAGGAUUGACACAGCAGGAGUUCCGCUCGGUGCCGACCAUGUUGGAUAUCUCCUCUCUGCUCACUGUCAAAGGAGGCAACAGCAAACCCUCCACAGCGACCUCCAAUCCUCCAAACCCGGCCCCCAACCCUGAUCCCCCUACCUCUAAAGCCAGCAAGAAGAAAAAACAGAAGAGCGCUCCAGCGACGUCUGUGUCUUCGAUGUCAGGGACGACACAAACUGUUCAAACUAUGGCAGUAGAAACAGCGGCACAGAAGGAGAACGUCCCUGAGAAAAGUUGGAACAAACCCCCCUCCAGUGCUCCAGCAACACUGAUGAGUGGAUUGGCUAAUGGCCACCCUGAGAAAUCACCGCCUCUUAGUAAGGAGGCAGUUGCAAUAACCCCUCUCCCCAAGGCAGACCCUCCUCCAGAACAGGAGGAGGACUUCCCUGCUCUCAAGACCAAGAACCCACCACCAGGCUUUAAAUCCUCCUUCCCGCUGAAGGCCUCAGCUACUGCUGCAUCCUCCGCUAUGCCCCCACCUCCCCCCGGCCUGGGAGUCUCAGCCACUAAACCUCCUCCAGGAUUCACCGGGAUUCCUCUCAACAGCAAUGUGGUGGAGCCCGCUCCGUCUGCAGUCAACCCGCCCCCCAAGGUGUCGAGCAGUGGUUACCUGGUGCCAGAGGACUUCCAUCAGAGAAACCUGGAGCUGAUCCAGUCCAUCAGAAAAUACCUCCACAACGAUGAGUCAAAGUUCAACCAGUUUAAAAACUACUCUGCACAGUUCAGACAGAGUUUGAUAUCAGCAGUCCAGUACCACAGCAGCUGCAAGGACCUGCUCGGGGACGACUUUAACCGCAUCUUCAACGAGCUGCUGGUUCUCUUGCCGGACACCGGCAAGCAGCAGGAGCUCCUGACUGCCCACGGAGACUGUAAGGCGCUGGAGAAGCAGUCAGGCACCGGAGGAGGAAAGAAAAACAAGAACAAGAAGAACGCCUGGCAGAUGCCGACCACAGUGGCGAACGCAGCGGCUGAUCUGGACUGCCAGGUGUGCCCCACUUGCAGACAGGUACUGGCCCCUAAAGACUUCAACUCCCACAAGACCCUGCACAGCAGGGACAGCGAGGAGUUCCCUUCCUUGCAGUCGAUUAGCCGAAUCAUCAGCUAGCCCCACAUCUUUUUUUUUUUUGUCAGCUCAGUUUGCCAUUUUAGGGCAAAUUUUCAGUUGCCCUGCAGCAGCCAGUGUGGAAACAUCAGUCUGUUUCCCCUGUGAACACGUCCCAGUGGAGUUUGGGGCUUAACACUCGUAGAGAAUUGGAAUUUAAGAUGGUUUAUGAUGUUUUUACUUUCUGAGGGGAUCAUAUUUGUGUGGUUUGCGUGAACGGUUUCAACACACAGUGUUGCCCCUUCUCAACUCUUUUCCCACUCACAUCUUUUGAGGACGUCUCCAGCUGGCACUGGCACUGGCAACGUCUAACUAGGACUGUCGACUUAUUUAAUGAAAGAGGAGAGACGAGCUAAGGCUUUUACUUGAAUGCUUUGCUCCCCUAAUACACAAAAAAAAAUUGUAUUGAUUUACAUUUUUUACCUUGCUUUGUGUUUUCACCUAAACAGAAGAUGAAAUGUAUUUUGUUAACAUCAAAGCUGAUAAUGUAUGAUUCCCCAGCGGGGCUGCUUGGUUAAAUAACAAUAAACACAAAAUAUGUUCAGUUCAA